AUGGCUUCUCCUCUGAAAGACGUGGCUGCAAUGCCUGAGGGAGCCCAGCGUGAAAAGUUGAGCGACACAGCCGAUCAGGCACAGGUCGCGACGGACGAAGCGGGUAACGACACUGCGGCAACCACUGCUGUUGUUAUCGAGGGCGGAGGGGAGAACCAAGAACGGGAACCUUCUGACGACGAAUCUGAGGGCGAGAUCCCGUUCGAACCUUUUGACAUCAACGACGACGGUCGGAUCCUCAAGACAGCGAGCCAAUGCUCACGAGGAUCAUGGAAACGCCCUGAGGCGGGGUGGGACGUGACCGUAACCGUUCACCGCUUCUGCGAACUGUCCCCGUCGAAGGCGGAAGCAACACCAACGGAUACCGACGGCGUGAAAGCAGUCCACAACAAAGAUGCAAGAGAGAUAGUAAGGCAGGUUGAGCCCGAGUUCUUGCAGCUAGAGUUCAGACUGGGGGAGGACGAAGAGGAAGGCUUUCCGCAGGAAGUACUCCAACAGGCGAACGCUGCAGGGGUGGAACUCCACCCCUUGCUGCACUGCGGGAUCGAGACCAUGGGCAGAAACGAGCUUGCGACCUUCGUCGUGACCGCCGAAGGCGUCGUUGCUGGCGCCCAAGAGAACGCCGCCGACAGCAGCAGUAAGCCACCGGCCGACCGUCGCUUCGAGUAUGUGAUCUCUCUCGACGACUGGAUGGAGGAGGUCGAUCUUAGCGAGCGGCAGGAUAACUCGUUGAUGAAGCGCGUCGUGCGGGAGGGCGACGGCGUGACGCGGCCGGUGGAGAUCGGCGGGGUGACCGGAGACGACAACGGCGAAAUCGUGGUGUUCGACAACCUCCAGAGCCAGGAAGAGGCGCCCGGGAGCAACGGCGACGACGACGGAGGAAGCGACGGCCUCAAAGGCCCCCUGAGCUUCGUGCUGGACGACUGCCCCUUCGGGCCCGGCGUGAUGGCUGUCGUGAAGAGCAUGAGCAAGGGCGAGAAGUGCGACGCCUGGCUGAACCCCAAGCACGGUCCGGUUGACGACCUAGAUGACGGACGGUUUUACCACCGAGUGGUUCUGGAGCUUGUGGAAGUGGAAGAGCUUCCCCCGGUGUUUGCCGCAGAGGAGGUUCGCCUAGAGAUGUCCAGUAGAUUCAAGGUCGAAGGGAACGAGAAGUUCAUCGCCGGUGACUACCCCAGGGCGUCACGACGCUAUGAGAAGGCAAUCAAGUACGCCGACGGGGUGCCGCCAGGCCAAGACUCCGAAGACGGCGGCGGUGACGGGGACGAGACCAGCAGCUCCUCCUCGGACACGACGCAGGCCAAUGACGACACCAACCAUAGCGAGAGCCGGGGAGGAACGCACGGGGACAAAUUCGUUGACCUGCAGGUCGCCGUCCUGUGCAACCAAGCCGCGUGCUUCCUCAAGAUGGGGCAGGCGCUCUCCGCUCUGGCAGCGGCCGAACGCGCGUCUUCUCUCAAGGCCGUUGCUGCUGAUUGCCCCGCCGGGAUCAAGGCCGCCUACCGCCGGGCGUGCGCGCUGGAGGCGGUCGGGGACUGGGGAGAGGCGCGCCGCGCGUUUAGGAACGUUCUGGACGUGGACCCCAAGAACUCGCAGUGCCGUCAGGGCCUCGCGCGCCUCGCCCGCGCGGAAAAGGCAUACGAGGCAAACCUGCGCAAGACGUUCGGCGGCUGCCUUGCGUCCGACAAGCUCAAGGGUUUCGCCUCGGAAGGUCGCGAAGUGCCGGAGUCAUCGCCCCGCCCGGGAAACGACGACGACUUCUACGGCGGCCGCGGCUCAGACCAAGACGGCCCGUGGACCGAGGAGAGCGAGAGCGGAUCAUCGGAGAGCGGAGACGAAUCCAGCAGCGACGGCGGCGACGAGGAGAAGGAAAAGAAGAGGGUCGAUGCUCUGUACGACCUGGCCACCCGCGAGGGCGGCGGUGGUGGCGAAGCAACCGCGGAGGAUAACACGACGGUGACGGAUGCAACGGAGCCCGGAAAAGAAGCGGCAAGCACGGUCCCCGCGGCGGCGGCGGCGGCGGCAGGAGCUGCUCCUUGUUCAGAACCUGCCACUGCGUGCGAAGUUAUCCCCCUCUAGUCGCUGCCGGAUCUUGCGAAGGAGUUCGCGGUUGCCGACGACUCCGCCGGGGAGGCAAAUGGCCUGGCCGGCAAGGAGGGCGCCAACAACGCCGGAGCCCAGGCAGGCGACGACGCCGCCGAGGUUGUGUACCGCCGUAAAGAGUAGUGGCUGUGGUUCAUGCAACACGCAAUGAUUGUGCCCACGCAAUGCCUGCUUGCUUACGCC